AUGGACGAUGUAAUGAAUACGGAAUCGGCUGAAUCUUUGAAGAAUCCAGAUGAUGAUUUCAGCGUACCCCGAUCUACCAAAUCAUAUUCAAAAAAAACAAUUGUUAUAUUUGCGACCAUGGUUUGCUUAAUGUCAGUUAUUGUUUGUCUGGUAGUCUUUUUGCCUAUAAUAUUCUUCUUAAUCAUUCCGAGUGCCAGGCUCCAAGGUGAACAUUUGGCUUCAAGAAAGAACGUCUCAUCACCCAUUUCUGUUAAAAGCGAUGAAGCUGAUAACCAAAUUGACACAGUUGACAAUAUUGUCCCAAUUCCAGAAUACGCAAGGCGUACAUUAUUAGAUCCUACUAUAUGGUUAGACAAAACGGAUUUCAAUACUACGUUUACAGAAGGAAUGGUCGGAAACCUUAGCGUUAUGGGGCUUUACGAUACUUAUGAUGAUACGGUUCAAGCAAAUCCCUCAGUUCCUCCUUUAAAUAAACCGUUUCCGUAUGGAGAAGUCCCAAUCCGUGGCGUUAAUCUUGGAGGUUGGCUUUCAAUGGAGCCGUUUAUCACUCCUUCUUUCUUUAGAGUCAAUAAUGGAACACACAACAUAUUACGUGAUGAGUUAAGUUUGCAUGAGUAUCUUCGGGAAAAUGCAUCAAGAGUUAUAGAAGAACACUACAGUACGUUUGUAACUAAAAGGACGCUUGAAGAAGUUCGUGAAGCAGGACUAGAUCAUGUACGUAUUACUUUUCCCUAUUGGAUUUUGCACGAGGAUUCAAACGCGACGAGUGUUUCUGGGAUCGGCUGGCGUUAUUUGUUGCGAGUAAUUGAAUGGGCUCGUUCCCAGGGUUUACGUGUCAACUUGGACCUUCAUGCAGCACCAGGAAAUCAAAAUUCUUGGAAUCAUGGUGGUUACUUGAAUCAGCUUAAUUGGCUUGUUGGACCCGAAGGAAACCAAAACGCUAACCGUACAUUGAAAAUACAUGAGCAACUUUCAACCUUCUUUUCCCAAGAAAGGUACCGAAAUGUUGUUACUAUCUACGGAUUAUUGAACGAGCCAAACUCUUUCGUUAUCGAUCGUAAGCUAAUAAAUGAUUGGCAUAAAAAAGCAUACAAAAUCGUCAGAUCUGCUAAUCCCCGUGCUUUAAUAUCUGUAGGCGACGGCUUUCGAGGACCAGGAGACUGGGAAGAAGAAUUUGACCCUUUUCAUUUUCCGAAUGUGCUCAUUGAUGCACAUAGAUACACUAUUUUUAAUGACUUCCUUAUUGGCUUACCUUAUAAGAAUAAACUUAACAUUGUUUGUAACUCAUGGAGAGAAGAGGUAGAACAAAAGGCAAAGCUUCCAACAAUUGUUGGCGAAUGGAGUUUGGCCGACACCGAUUGUGCAGAGUUUUUGAAUAACGUGGGUGAGGGCGCCAGAUGGGAUGGAACAUUUUCGCCAAGUGGAAAUCUUCAGUGUUGCCCUUCACAAAAAGAUUGCACUUGUUCGUUUGCAAACGCUGACCCUGGUAGCUACUCAAAGGAGUAUCGUGAAGAGCUUUACAAUUUUGCUACCGCACAAAUGGAAACUUUUGACAAAACUUGGGGCUGGUUUUAUUGGAAUUGGGAUACAGAGAAUGCUACACAGUGGAGUUAUAAGAAGUCUCGAGCUGCAGGAUUGUUGCCUGAAUUGGCAUACUCAACUGAUCGAGCAUUCAACUGCAGCAUGUUGAAGACUUCUUUCACGUCUACAUAG